UGUUAUGCCAUGUGGGUUGCUCCUGGCCUGCGGUGGGGAUAGAACUCAUGCUGCAGUGGCUGGCGAUAACUUGAUAGCGCUGUCUUUAACCCCUGUGCCACCAGGGAGGGAGGCCCUUUCGCCCAUUUUUUUAUUGGGUUGAUUUUUUUUAUUGUUGUUGUUGAGUUAUAUAAGUUCUUUACAUAUCUUCAAAAUUACCCCCCUGUUGGAUGUCACACAAGGGACUAUCUUUGGCAGUUAGAGGGGAUGAAGAAUUGAUAGAUGCUACACCAUGGAGGAACUUCAAAAACAUUAUGCUAAUAAGUAAAAGAAGGCAAUCACAAAACGUUGCAUACUGUAGAUGAUUUUAUUGAUGUGAAAUAUUUAGAAUGGGCAAAUAUAUAGGGAAAGAAAUGAGAUUCGCAGUUGCCUAGAGUUGGGAGAGUCUGGGUAGUGACUUAUGGGUACAGGGCUUCUUUGGGGAAUAAAGAAUCUCUAAAUCUAGAUUGUGGUGAUAGUUGCACAACUCUAAAAAAAGUAAAAGCCAUUGAGUUGUACAUGUUAAAUAAGUAAACUUUAUGUAAUUUUUUUUAAUCAAUAAGGCUGUUUAAAAAGAAAGAAAGAUAAAGUAGUCUGAGUGAGGAGGGCCACUGAGCUUUAUUGGGUGACUAGACCUCUACUUUUAUGCUUUCCAUGAUAUUUUCUAGGCUGAAUCAUUCAGUUCUACUUUAAUAAUGUGAUUAAAGAGCUUGGAUUAAAUUCAAAUCUAUGGUCAAAAUUGAUUUUUGACAAGGGUAUCAAGGCCGGCCAAUAGAAGGCCUCCCUGGUGGUGCAGGGGUUAAGUCUCAGGGCUGUCAAGCCACUGCCAGUCACUGUGACAUGAGUUCAAUCCCCAGCCCACAAGGCACAGCAGACCUCUCCUGUCUUGCCCGCUGCUCCCUUCAGCAGCGUAUUUUAGUAGAUUCACCUGUUCUUCUCCCCACGCUGUCCCUGGUGAAUCCUCUUACCCCCACACCUCUGACCUACACAUACAGACUACAAAACACAUAUACAUACAAAAAUUAUCUCAGUAGCUCAAACACUGAACUUUAAGAACUAUAACUAUAAACUUUUAGGAAAAAACUAGGGUCAAAUCUUCAUGACAGAUAUAUUCAGAUGAUCAUUAAGCACAUGAAAAGACUCUCAACAUCCUUAGUGAGUAGGAAAAUGCAAAUUAAAGAUACCGUGAGAUACUAUUUCACACCUUCUCAGGUGGCUUAUGAUUUUUUUUUUUUUUAAAGGAAGUAAGUACUAGUGAGGAUGUGAAGAAAUUGCAACUCUUGUACACAUUUUGGUGGGAAUGUAAAGUGGUGCAGCUAUGGAGAAUACUUUGGUGGUUCUGCAAUAGGUUAAACAGAAUUACCUUGUGGACAGCAAUUCUGCUCAGCAUGCACCUCAAAGUCUUGAAAAUGUGGCUCAGAUGCUGUAUUCCAGUGUUCAUUGCAGUAUUGUUAAUAGUAAUCAAAAGGUGGGAACAAAUCAAGUAUGCAUUUAUGUAUUGAUUCAUUUUAUUUAUGCAUGAAAGAGCUGGGCUGUAGGUCAGAGGUGCAGGGGGAGUGAGAGGAUUUACCAGAGACAGAGUGGGGAGCAGAACAGGUGGAUCUACUGAAAUACACUGCUGAGGGGAGCAGUGGGUGAGACAGGAAAGGUCUGCUGUGCCAUGUGGGUCAGCUCCCUGCCUGGGGAUCGAACUUGUGCUACAGUGGCUGCAGACAGCUUCGUAGUGCUGAGAUUUAAUCCCUUGCGCCACCAGGGAGUUCCCUCAAGUAUUUGUUAACAGAUGAAUGGAUACACAAUGUGGUAUAGCCAUACAGUAGAAUAUUAGUUGGACAUAAAAAGGAGUGAAGUUCUGCUAUGUAGUGCAACAUUAUGCUAUGUGAAGUAAGCCAGACACAAAAGGACAAAUCUCAUGAUUCUGCUUAGUGUGAAAUAUCUAAAGAUAGAAAGUUGUCUAGUGGUUUACAGGGCUGGGAGGAGAGAUGAUGGGAAGUUAUUGCUUAAUGGGCACCGAGUUUCUGUUUGGGGUGUUGGGGAAUCUUAGAAAUAGUGGAGAUAGUUCUGCUACAUUGUGAAUGACACUGAGACAUACGCUUAAAACUGGUUAAAUUGCUUAAUUUUAAGUUUUAUUAUGGGUUACUAUAAUAAAUAAAAAUUGAGUUAAAUGCUAUUAGAUCCUUUUCAGUAAUUGAAAGUAAAGUAAAAGAAUAAUAUGCUGUACCUGUCGGCCGGAACCACCAUCUUCCAGUAAGUCGCCAAAAUGACUAACACAAAGGGGAAGAGAAGAGGGACCUGCUAUAUGUUCUCUAGGCCUUUUAGAAAACAUGGAGUUGUUCCUUUGGCCACAUACAUGCGACUCUAUGAGAAAGGUGAUAUUGUAGACAUCAAGGGGAUGCGCACUGUUCAAAAAGGAAUGCCCCACAAAUGUUACCAUGGCAAAACCGGCAGAGUCUAUAAUGUUACCCAGCAUGCAGUUGGCAUUGUUGUAAACAAGCAAGUAAAGGGCAAGAUUCUUGCAAAGAGAAUUAAUGUCCAUGUUGAGCACAUUAAGCACUCUAAGAGCCGAGAUAACUUCCUGAAACGUGUGAAAGAAAAUGAUCAGAAGAAAAAGUAAGCCAAAGAGAAGGGUACUUGGGUUCAGCUGAAGUGCCAGCCUGCUCCACCUAAAGAAGGGUACUUGGGUUCAGCUGAAGCGCCAGCCUGCUCCACCUAGAGACACUUUGUGAGAACCAAUGGGAAGGAGCCUGAGCUGCUAGAACCUAUUCCCUAUGAAUUCAUGGCAUGAUAGGUGUGCAAAAAGAAAGAAAAGAAUAAUAUGCUGUAGAUUGUUAGUAGUAAAGUAAUCUUAUGUGCAAAUAGAAAUGAAAAUUGAACCACACACUUAAAAGACAGACUAUUUUUGUAAGUCUCAGUUCUAGCACUUUCACUGGAGGAGGAAUGAUUAAACAGAAAUGGCUGGAGGAGGUUCGUCUUCUCUUCAUACCAAAGUGAAUAAAAAUAGACCUCCUUAAUUUAUGUCUUCUGUCCUACCGUUUUUGUGCCUGGAUCCUACUUGCUUACACAGUGAAGCCUUUAAUAAAGCUUCAGUAGCGACAGGGGUGUGGAGAAGCUUGGUGACCUGCCCAGCCUUCUACGAUCCCAGAUACCUUCUGAUUUGGGAAUGCCAUGUUUAGUCUGCUUUCAACUACUUCAUUUGGCUAAUUUAUAAAGGAUUACAUUGUAAUUUCUUUU